GGGCGUGGCUCUAGCUUGUCAGGAAGUCUUUGGAGGUCUUCGUCACGUCAGACUGAGUUGUUUCCUUGUUGCAUUUAAGAGGCAAAAUGGUGAACUUCUGUGGUCUACUUACUGCCAACAAACAACCAGUUCCUCUGAAGAGUGUGGCGGUGGAGGUGGAGGUGAGAGACCAUGUGGCUACAGUGGUUUCCACUCUGCACUAUGAGAACAAGGAGGACAAACCUAUAGAGGCUGUUUUUGUCUUCCCUCUGCCUGGAGAUGCUGCCGUCUGUCAUUUCAGCGCUAAGAUUGGACAGACUCAGAUUGUAGCUGAGGUGCGGGAGAAACAGAAGGCUCGUGAGGAGUAUGAUGAUGCGCUGAGCUCCGGUCAGCAGGCCUUCUUAUUGGAGGAGAGCGAGCAGAGCCCAGAUAUAUUCACUCUGAGUGUGGGCAGUCUGCCUCCAGGAGAGAGCGCCUCCAUCAGGCUGGAGUACGUCACUGAGCUGGCUGUGCAGGCUGAUGACGGGCUGAGGUUUUGUCUUCCUGCUGUGCUCAACCCUCGAUACCAACCGCAGGGUAGUGAAGGUGCCAGUGUUCAGGUGACCUCUGUGCCAGUGUCCUUGGUUCCCUACAGUCUGUCUUUCUCUGCCAAAGUGUCCUCUCCUCGUCCAAUCUUGAAAGUAGAAUCCAACUGUUCCCUGGACCCUCUGCAGUACAUCAACACAGAACAAACUCAGGCCACGGUCAAACUGGCGGCAGGACACAAGUUUGAUAGAGAUGUUGAACUUCUGAUUUAUUACAAAGAUGCUCACCAGCCCACUGCUGUGGUGGAGGCAGGACAGGCCUCUGCCAAACCUGGCACUCUGAUGGGUGACCCAGUGGUGAUGCUGAGCCUGUACCCUGAGUUCCCACAGGGUGUUAUGUCUUCAGUUGCCUCAUGUGGAGAGUUUGUGUUCCUAUUGGAUCGGUCUGGAAGCAUGGAUUGUCGAAUGAAUGAAAGUGACAGUUGUCAGACUCGCAUCACCAGUGCCAGGGACACACUGCUGCUGCUGCUGAAGAGCAUCCCAGUGGGCUGCUAUUUCAACAUCUACAGCUUUGGUUCAAGAUAUGAGUAUAUCUUUCCAAAGAGUGUGGAGUACAGCCAGCAGACCAUGGAUGAGGCUUUGAAGAAAGUUGAGAAUAUGGGAGCUGAUAUGGGAGGAACAGAGAUCCUUCAGCCAAUCAAACAUAUUUUCAGUCAACCUUGCAUUCCUAACCAACCAAGACAACUGUUUGUCUUUACUGACGGUGAGGUGGGAAACACCAAAGAAGUCAUUAAUCAGGUGAAGAAGAAUUCAAGUUCCCCAGGUGUUUCUCUUUUGGGAUAGGCCAAGGUGCGAGCACUGCACUCAUCAUGGUUUGGCCAAGAAGGAGGUGUCAUGCUCAGUUCAUCACAGGGAACGAUAGGAUGCAACCCAAGGUGAUGCAGUCACUGCGGUUUGCUCUCCAACCAACUAUCACAGACCUUUCAGUCAAGUGGAAUUUGCCAAGGGGAGCAGCUGUAACAGUUCUUUCUCCACCCAUCAC